GCAAAUUUUAUCAAAAAAAAACCGAUAAAAAUAAUUUAAAAAUAUUAUUCUUAUCAAUAAUUUUAUCAUAAUCAUGAUUUUAUUAAUAAUAAAACCGAAAGAAAUCACCACCUUCACUUCAGUUGAUUGAAUAUAGUUUAUUACGAAUACACUCGAUCUAACACGAACAUACACGAAAAUGAGGUUACUGAUUAUAUUUUGUUUGUUUUUGGUAACUUUAAAUGCAGCAUCUGUCAUUGAAACGGCUUUGAAGGAUUUGGGAGAAAAAUUAGGUUUGAAAUUAGAAAUUAACGUUCCCGAUAAGGUACAUACGGACGAUGAUGGCCGACAGUUUGUUUAUAAAAAAGAUUGGGUUGGUAGUAUACCGGUGUUAACCAAAAAGUAUCUAGAUAAUGAAGAAAUUGUAAAUUGGACUUUUGGGAAUUGGUAUUGCACUGUAAGUAAUUUCAUUGCUAAUGCGACAGUUGCUGCCAGCGUGUUUACUUUGACAGGAAUUUCAUGUGACAGAUAUUUAGCUAUAGUUUACCCCUUAGAACCUCGAAUGUCGAAAACUUCAUCUAUAAUCAUCAUCGCGAUCAUCUGGACAACCAGUAUGUUACUGGCGCUUCCCUGUUUACUUUACUCGAGAACAGUAGCUCACGUUACGAAGAAAAAACAUCGAGUUGGUUGCAUACUAGUUUGGCCCGACGAGAAACAUUUCGGCUCAACUUAUGACUUCUGGUACCAAACGACUUUUCUGGUAGUUACUUAUGUAGUACCCAUGGUUUUAAUGUCGAUUUCUUAUACCAUGAUUGGUACGGUACUAUGGGGAUCGGGAUCUAUUGGAGAAAAAACGCAAAGACAAAUGGAUGCUAUUAAAUCAAAAAGAAGGGUGGUGAAGAUGUUUGUAUUAGUUGUAGUUAUAUUCGGAUCUUGUUGGCUACCUUACCACAUCUACUUUAUCUAUGUUUAUUUCGAUACGAAAAUUUUGUUUAAAAAAUACACUCAGCACGUUUAUCUCGGGUUCUAUUGGUUAGCAAUGUCGAACGCCAUGGUAAAUCCCCUAAUUUAUUAUUGGAUGAAUACAAGAUGGCGCUUUGGUUUCAGAUUUAGGAAUUAUUUCAAAUCGGCUAUUUGCGGUAGUUUGACGUGUAUGUCGUACGGAAAUCGAUAUGACACGUAUACGUAUUCGAAAUCAGCGAACGAUACGAUCAAAAUUCGAUUGACGAAUCCUAAGGAACAAGAAAACGAUUAUCGUAAAGGGAACGUCCUGCAGAAUUAUCCUUCGAAGACGAAAUUUGAUAGAGGAGGAGUCGGAAAAAGAUGGUACCGAAGGAGUCGGAAAAAAGUCGAAAACACCAUGUUGUAAAUGAGGAAUUCGAAAAAAAUAUUGUGAUAAAUGUUUAUUGUUGUUAAUAAAGUUUUUUGAGUGUCGAAA